GGGGUGUCGGGCAGGGAUUUUACCUUGUUUUUACUUUACCUUUUCUCUCAUUCCUUCGUCACUUUUAAUCGAGCAAUAUGUUGUCUGCCCGUAAGCCUUUCGCUGAGCUUAACGAGAACGUGUCUCCCAUGAAGAACCUGACCCUGACAGAAAAAGAGAAUACGCCGUCAACCCUUAACAGCAGCCGCGUCCUGGCCAGCAAGACCGCCCGAAAGAUCUUCCACGAGACCGAAACGCCUAAGUCUAAAGCCCCAAAAAAUCCUAGACUUGAAGAUGAACCACUUUUGAAGGAUAAUCCACAUAGAUUUGUGAUCUUCCCCAUCCAAUAUCAUGACAUCUGGCAAAUGUACAAGAAAGCAGAAGCUUCAUUCUGGACUGCUGAGGAGGUGGAUCUGUCUAAGGACCUUCAGCACUGGGAGUCCCUUAAGAAAGAAGAAAAAUACUUUAUAUCUCAUGUGUUGGCCUUUUUUGCAGCCAGCGAUGGCAUAGUAAAUGAAAACCUGGUGGAGAGGUUUAGCAAAGAAGUGCAAGUUACAGAGGCUCGCUGCUUUUAUGGCUUCCAAAUUGCAAUGGAGAAUAUUCAUUCAGAAAUGUACAGCCUUCUUAUUGACACCUAUGUUAAAGAUCCCAAGGAGAGGGAAUACCUUUUCAAUGCUAUUGAGACACUGCCUUGUGUGAAAAAGAAGGCUGACUGGGCUCUGCACUGGAUUGGUGACAAACAAGCAACCUUUGGUGAACGAGUUGUUGCAUUUGCUGCUGUUGAAGGUAUUUUCUUCUCUGGCUCAUUUGCAUCCAUUUUUUGGCUGAAGAAACGGGGGCUGAUGCCUGGACUCACUUUCUCUAAUGAACUUAUUAGCAGAGAUGAAGGUUUACAUUGUGACUUUGCCUGCCUUAUGUUCAAACAUCUUAUACGCAAACCUUCAGAAGAGCGUGUUGUUGAGCUUAUUACUGAUGCUGUUCAAAUUGAACAGGAAUUCUUAACUGAAGCUUUGCCUGUAAAUCUCAUUGGCAUGAACUGUACUUUAAUGAAGCAGUACAUUGAAUUUGUUGCAGAUCGUCUUCUCCUAGAGCUUGGCUUUAAAAAGGUUUUUAAGGCCACAAAUCCAUUUGACUUCAUGGAAAACAUCUCAUUGGAAGGAAAGACUAACUUUUUUGAGAAGAAAGUUGGAGAAUACCAGAAGAUGGGUGUUAUGUCCAAGGCAAAAGACAACACUUUUACACUGGAUGCUGACUUCUAAGUAUUGACUUGUACAGUAACAUCUCUUAACUUGAAAAGUACUUCCAUGGCCUGGUGCAACCGGCAGUAUGGGGACAGUAUAAGCUGCAGUAAAUAUAGAAGCAAAGACUGAACUGGUGGAUUUUGCUUUCCCUUGAUCCUAGCUUAGCCACUCUAGCCUGUACUUCUGGAAGCGGUGGAACAGGACGUACACUAAACACUCAUGGGUACAGAAAUAUUGUACAGCUUGUUGUGUGUAUUAUACUGGGUGCUGUGUACUCUCUGGGGAUGGGAAAGAAACUGCUUUCCUUAAUUUUUUUUAUUUACUUAUUUUAUAAAGCCGCACUUUAAAUAAACAAAUGAACCCUU